AUGACAAUGUCACUACGAAACAAAUUGACGGUUGGAAAGCGAUUCCUACAGACGGCGGAGCGGUCGACUCCUUCCAUGACCCCGUUCAUGCUCAACAACCCGAAUGCGUACCAUUCGUCCAAGAGCGACAACCAGGCCGAGAACAAGUCGUCUUCGUCUCAGCCCCAGGGAUUCACAUGGGCCCGUCACCAGCUGCCCCGUUUCGACGCCGCUUCCAAGUCGUCCAAGAUCGAGACCCCCAAACCCUUUGCAUUCAAAUUCCCCAACACACAGGACAAGUCGUCGCGACCUGCCACCACUCCUUUUGCAUUCCGACCUGCCGCCAAGACCAGCGCAACGGCCGCUGCUCCUACUAAGGCUGCUGCCCCCGCUGAAAAGGCUGCUGCUCCCGCCCCCGCUCCCAAGCGAACCCGAAAGUUGCGACCCCGAAAGGCCGUCAUCACUCUUUCGCCCACAGCUGUCAAGCACCUCAAGGACCUCCUUGACCAGCCCGAGCCAAAGCUCAUUCGAAUUGGCGUAAGAAACCGAGGAUGUUCCGGACUCACCUACCACAUUGACUACGUGGACAAGCCCGCCAAGUUUGACGAGGAGGUUGUCCAGGACGGCGUGCGAGUGCUCAUCGACUCCAAGGCCCUGUUUAGCAUUAUCGGAUCCGAGAUGGACUGGCUCGACGACAAGCUGUCUUCGCGGUUCAUUUUCCGAAACCCCAACUCCAAGGGAGAGUGUGGAUGUGGCGAGUCCUUCAUGGUUUAA